CCGGCCGCUAAAGGGCGGGGCUUGAAGCUACUAAAGGGCGUGCUGGGGAGGCCCGCCCCUUCCCCAGUGGACAGGGCCACCUGCUCCAGCUGCUCCCCUGCUUGUCUGGCCUAGGUCAAUCCGUCAACUCUCGGGGCCCCCAAAGAUGGUGCAAAGUGAACUUCAACUACAAUCCAGAGCAGGCAGACGAGCUGAAGCUUCAAAUUGGGGAGAUUGUGGAAGUGAUAAAGGAGGCCUUGGAAACACAGACAUGCCUUCAAUCAUCUCUAAUCCACCGAGGCCUCCUAAGCUGAGCAACUUGACCUAUGACAGCCCUCCAGACUACCUGCGGACAGUCUCCUGCCCUGAGACCUGCAGGGUCCUGUUUGACUACCAGCCUGAGGCCCCGGAUGAGUUGGCGCUGCACAAGGGGGACCUGGUGAAAGUUCUGAGAAAGACAACAGAGGAUAAGGGUUGGUGGGAAGGAGAGUGCCAAGGCCGAAGAGGAGUGUUUCCAGACAACUUUGUACUACCACCACCCCCAAUCAGGAAGCUGAUCCCACGGAAAAUUAUAACUCGGGAGUCAGCUCCUAUGAAGGAACCAAAAAAACUGAUGCCCAAAACAUCCUUACCCUCUGUGAAGAGGGUGGCAGCAGCUGCCUCGGCACCUAACAAAACCAAGACAUCUACACCCAGUGGGGACAGCCAGAAACGCCCCUCCCGAGACACCGGCUUCAAUGGCAGCUUCCUCAAUGGGGGACCCAGGCAACCAGGGAGAAAGCGAUCCAGAACCCAGGCUUCCCAACAGCAUUCUGUAUUCAAUCAGGAGGAUGACCAGAGAAGCCCGGGAAAGGCCCCCUCCACAAAUAAAACCCGCACUCCAGAUAAGACCCUUGGCCCAGAGAAGAUCCUGGCUCCCAACAAAGUCUCCACUCCAGAGAACCCCGUUCCAGAGAAAGCCCUGGAUUCUGACAAAAUUCCCACUGCAGAGAAUACCACUGUAGACAAGGCUGCCAGUACAGGGAGUGCCCUUUCUGUGGAUGAGGCCCUAGCUAAGGAUGAAACCGUUGACCCAAAGGUGGCCCUUCAUGCGGACAGUACCCCUGCACUGGUGAAGAUCUUGACCCCAGAGCACAUGCUUUUUGAAGAGGACCCUUCUAGGGACAACACUCAGUGCCAGCAUUUACCUCAAGAAGAAAGCACACAGGGGUCCGAGUCUCUUGCACCUCCAAAUGACAUCCAGGUGCCAGGAGAGCACCCUCAACUGUCUAGAUGCAGCUCCCUAGCCCACUCCAGGGCUAAGGAUGAGUCUGCCGUGGAGGACGCCACCUUUCCGGAGGGACUACCAAGCAAAGAUGAGACGACCCUGAAAGAGGCACUCCCCAAAGAAGAGCCGCCUUCUGAAGGGAUGGGUCCCCAAAAGCAGGUGCCCCAGAAAGAGUCAGUCCCCACUCCCCAAGUGCCACAUAUUAUCAAGCAGAUUCCGGACUCUGAAGAAGCUCCCACGCUUCAUCCCGUGGCCUCACUAACUUCUUCCAAAAGCAAGAAUGACGAUAUGGAUGUAGCAGCGUUAAAGAAAGAGCUGGGGUCGCUAAAGAACGCGCUGGAGCGUCUGGAGUUGAAGAUGGAACAGAAGUUGAGUGAUGUCUGGGAGGAGCUGAAGACCGAGAGGGAGAAGCUCCAGUCGCUGGAGGUUCAGACGCCGCCGCAGAGGACCCAGAAGUCCUUCAAACAUGCGCAGACACAGACAGAAUGAGGGCGGGCUCAGGCAGAACCUCAGCCCGACCUGGAGGGGACGUCCAUCCUGCUCGGGCCACCCCUGUCCUUGCACAAAGCUUUGAGAAACUCCAAGGAAGUAAAAACUCUGAACUCUUA